ACUCAGUAGCCUAUAUUCAGUAGAAUGAUGAAAUGUUGAGUUCUCCUGUUGUUCACGUCAUAUGUGUCUGCCUUAUAUGUGUCUCUGUCAUGUCCAGCUGUUUUUAUCUGUUUAUAUAUAAUUUUAUCUUUGUAAGGUGUCCUUAGGUCUCCUGAAAGGUGCCACCAAAUAAAAUGUAUUAUUAUUGCUAUUAUUUUUAUAAGCAACAAAUUGACAUAGCUAUAGAGCCAGAGUCUGGUUUGUAACAUCACACAUCUAAAAAAAAAAAAAAAAAAAACACUACAGAAACUAUGGCAGCAAUCAACUUUUCAUUUGCAAGACAAAUGUGUAAUUUCUUCAUUCAAAAGUGACAUAGUUUUGCUUUAACAUUAGAACAUCAACAUUACAUGCAGCCUAGUUAGGGCGCCAACUCUUCUUAUUUUGUAAUUGGAUGAAAGAACUAUCCUCCAACCCUCUCUCCAGGCCGUGAACGCAGCACCCUGGGGGUGUGGAUCCACAUCUUGUUCCCCGCUGACUGACUGACUGACUGACUGACUGGAAGCAGCACUGAGCUACAUGAUGGGACGGCGGUCCGAGCAGUGAAGCCAGCAGGCUGAGGACGGCGGACAAAGCAGCAGUGAAGCCAGCAGCUUUACUCACUUCAGACUGACUGCAUCACGACAUCACUGUUAUCAUCUCUACAUCACCAGCAUCAUCAACAGUGUGCGGGGUGUUUUCUUCUCGUGGCGCUGAGAGAGAGAGGAGGCGACGUGUACACACCAGUGGGCUGACUGACUCUGGAUCAGCCCAUGAAUGCAGGAGGAUGGAGAUAGAGCAGAAGAGGACGAAUGGGUUCGACUACCCGGAGAGAAACAACGCCAAGUCCGUUAACGGCUUUUACAGUGACCACCCGUUGGAGUCUGAACAGAACGACAGCAUGGAUGCAAUCAAUGCAAGUAAUCUAGAUGAUCCAGCUGACCAGCGUACUUGCCUUAUCUGUGGAGAUCGCGCCACAGGCCUGCACUAUGGCAUCAUCUCCUGCGAGGGCUGCAAGGGCUUCUUCAAGCGCAGCAUCUGCAACAAGCGCGUGUACCGCUGCAGCCGCGACAAGAACUGCGAGAUGUCGCGCAAGCAGCGCAACCGCUGCCAGUACUGCCGCCUGCUCAAGUGUCUGCAGAUGGGGAUGAACCGCAAAGCAAUCAGGGAGGAUGGCAUGCCAGGAGGGAGGAACAAAAGCAUCGGGCCUGUGCAGAUCACAGAGGAGGAGAUAGAGCGGAUCAUGUCGGGGCAGGAGUUCAAGGAGGACGCCCCGGAGCACACCUGGGGCAACAACGGCGACAGCGACCACAGCUCUCCGAGCAACGGAGCCUCGGAGGGCAACCAGCCAUCACCCGCCUCCACUCUGUCAUCCAAUCGCUCUGUGGAAAUGAAUGGCUACACAGCGGCCCUCAGGGACCAGUACAUCAACACCUCCAUGUCCACACACUACCAACUCCUGCCUCACCUGUUCAGCUACGCCGCCCAGUCUGGCCUGCUGGCCCCACAGCCCCGCAGCCUCUACCCACAGUCCCACCCGCUGGUGCUGCAGCUGGUGGCUGCUGAAGACCUGGCCCCACUGGCAACCCCUAUGCUUAUAGAGGACGGGUACAAAGUGACCCAGGUGGAGCUGUUUGCCCUGCUGUGUCGCCUGGCAGACGAGCUGCUCUUCCGCCAGAUCUCCUGGAUCAAGAAGCUGCCGUUCUUCUGCGAGCUCUCCAUCGAGGACUACACCUGCCUGCUGAGCUCCACCUGGCAGGAGCUCAUCCUGCUCUCCUGCCUCACCAUCUACAGCGCCCAGAUCUUCGGAGACCUGGCCGACGUCACCGCCAAGUACACGCCGUCUGACGAUGAGCUGCAGGGCUUCAGCGAGGACGGUAUGGAGGUGAUGGAGAGGUUGAUAUAUCUGUUUCGCAAGUUCCACCAGUUGAAAGUCAGUAAUGAGGAGUAUGCCUGCAUGAAAGCCAUCAACUUCCUCAACCAAGAUAUCAGAGGGCUUUCCAACACCUCCCAGCUGGAGCAGCUGAACAAGCGCUACUGGUAUGUGUGUCAGGACUACACUGAAUAUAAGUACCCGCACCAGCCCAAACGCUUCCCCGAGAUCAUGAUGUGUCUCCCGGAGAUCCGCUGCAUCGCAGGGAAGCUGGUGAAUGUCCCUUUGGAGCAGCUCCCCCUCUUGUUCAAAGCAGUCUUGCACUCCUGCAAAUCCAGCCUGACCAGCUACAGGACCGGUCCGUCACCCUGCGUGACCACCUCCUCUGGAAACUAGACUCCCCCGACCCCCCCCCCCCCGAGUCGAGGGACUGGUCUCCCCUCUUGUGAAUGUGACAAGCAGCUAGUUUGUUUUUUGUAACUUUUUUCUUUAUAUAUUUAUUACACGACAGAGCUGAAUGUAUGCUGAUUUACACUGUGCACAUGCUUCUGUACAAAACAAAUGCUCGUAGAUGCAUUGGUCUUUGGAGUUUACAAGUGUGUAUCCAGUUUGCUCAAUGUGUCAGUGUUGCUAUUGUUAGAACUAGACUUUGAAAGAGUUUAUUUUAUUCAGACGGGGGCGUAUAGACACAUGUGACGAGUGUUUUGAGACUACCUCAGGAAAAUGUUGUUGCUAUUUUCAGGUACCUUUUCUUUCUGUUAAAUGAAGAGUUGCCCAGUCUAAAACCAAAUCCCUGUGGACGCUUUUGGCACCUCAAUCACAGACUGAAUGUUCAAAGGAGCUGCAUAAAUCAAAUAUUGAAAAACAGUGUCUUGUUACACUGAAAAAUGCAAAAGUAAUUAGCAAAUCGAGCUACUUUAUCUGCAUGGACUCUCAGACAUCCUUACUUACGGGUUGGCGGUCUUGUCAAAUUAACAUUCCAUGGGUUAAGGUGACAGUUUUUGUGGAUCUUUGGGAUCUUCAUUGAAAAAAGGAGCAUAUACGGGUAUUUUUUACAAUCAUAGAUUGGGGAUGUAAAGGCUUUAUUGCAGGGGAAGGGGAGGAUAGCUAGGUUUGCCGUUUUAGUUUUAUUGUUUUUCCUUUUUCGACCAAAGUGUUAUGCAAUGCUUUUUUCAAAGACCCAUUAAUGAUGGGUAGGGGGCUGAUAGCUCCAACAAAAAAAAAAAGAUUUCUUAUCAAAGAAGGAUCAGGAUAAGAAAUGAAUCAAUCUGUGUCAGAGGGGAGAAACCCUUCUACUGGACAGACGAGUAUGUUGCCGGAUUUCAUUGUGAACGCUGCUAAACAUGCACACGUUUCUUGUGCACACGUAUAUGCAUAGAGCAGAUGUGAUGAGAUUGCUUUUCAGAUGGCUCGUUUUUUUUUUUUUUGGGCUCCGUUGCCUUCAGUGCCAGGAACUCGAUUGCAUUGUAGCUCGCUCUCAACACACCAUCACCUAAAUUUUAAGGUCCACCGUAUACUGUCUAUGUUUGGUUUAAAGGGGUAGCCCGUGAAAUCUUUUUGCAUUUUUCCAAUUUAUUCAGAACAAAACCACAAAGAUGACGCUUGUUGUGUUUUGAACAGCGAGAGAUCUUCAUGGCUUCAAACAAAAUGUAUUCCUGACCUACUAGAAGCAAAAUCAAACUGACAAACCACUGGAUUCAAGUAUGAACGGGAGCCGAAAAUAAGCCUGAGUCAACAAAAAAGUGCUUAACACUUGCUGCCUCUGGUUCAUUACGAAGCCGGUGUAUAGAGCGCUGGCUUUCUGUUAGCAUAUCCAGCUUCAAACAGGUCCGUUCAAAGGUUUCAUGCCAGUUUUAGAGGGAUUUAGACUGUUUUCAGGUCUUGUCAGGUCCAAUCAAAAGUUUGCACAGACCCAAGACCAGUAGCAGUUUAAGUCGGACCUGACCCAGAUCCAAGGGGUCACUAGAAAAGUGUGGACCUGAGACUUGGUUCAGGUCUAGUCCUCAGGGUUUUUAUGAACUGGCUAAUACAAAGAUGUGGAUUAUCACUUUAAGAAGGGAUGGAUUCAGUGUGAUUAAUCCGGGCCCAUGUCUGAAUGAAUCCAGGCAAGGUUUUUAGAGAAUUUAGGUGACUUACCUCCGGCUUGCAUACCCUCUGUGACAGAUAUGCACAUUGUUUUUAAAAAAGCCAUAGAAAAAUGGUCUUUAUUUUUGAAGUAUGAGAUGAUCAUUUCAAACCGCUUGAAGUGUCUUCUUGAAUUCCUCAAGUUUUUUUUUGCCGUUUCAUGAUGUACAGUAAUUUGAAAUGCAGACAAAAUGCAGUCCUUGCAACGACUCUCUUUUUUUGCACACGACGGUGAGGUUCGGAGACCUUGACCUUUGACCUCGGCCACUGCCCACCCAGUGUGUUCCUAUCUCUCUCAGGUCCCUGCCGAUCUGAAUCUAAACAGGGUAAAGUGAGUGUUAUGUAUUGCAUUCAGAAGUUCCUCAGUGACCAUGCUGUGAUGUACUUGUAUUAUUAGUAGAUGUAGGUUCCAGGACAUUGUAGGUCCUCUGUAGGAAAGUGUUUUUUCUUUUCCACUUUAUUUCCCCUCAAGGUCCCCACCCCCCCACCCCCUUCAUUCAGUGAAAGUGGAUGUAGUUUGAAGAUGAGACAUGCAGGGUGGAUUUUUUCUCAUGGCAUUGGUGACGAAUGGAGCGAGAGGCGACGGCGGCUUCUUCAGAAUGUCGCCGCAGCUUCCCUUCUCCUGUUUCCAUCCACCUCUCUGUGUGCAGCCUUAACAACACCACCAGUCCAAUGCAGUGUUCUUCUUCUUUCAAAUGUUUCAGUUAGCCUCUUUUCAUCUUUUUGAUUUUUAUACAUUUUCAUGUACCUUUUGUAGUUAUGAUGUGAAUGUUUUGGGUUUUUUGUUGUUUUUCAUGUAUUCAUUCAACACCCCCAUCAUUUUCUAAAACUUUGAAUGAUUUUUUUUUUUUAGACUUGAUUUUUAUUAACUCAUUCCCUUGUCCACUGUAUUUUAAAAAAAAAGAAAGUAUUAUUCAGGCGUUGUCAGCCUCAUUUUAUAUGGACAAUAUACUGACAUCUUGGAGCCUUUUAUGUAUUAUUUGAAUCAUUUUACAAUGCAAAUGUGACGCUUUGGAGCCAUCUGUGGUUCCCAAAGCUGAAUGAAUUUACACUCAUUUCGGAGAGAGAAUAUCGUCUCUCUCCAUUUUUGUAAAAUGUGCAUCUUUCAUCACACAGGCUUCUGAGGUUCAAUGGUAUUUUCACCUAAAUUACAAAAAAAAAGUUUGUUUUUUGGGGUGGAGGCAAGAAAUCUCAGAGACCAAUACCUCAAAAUCUAAGCAGAUAAAGCCACAACUGUCCGAACAAUCAGAUAGUGUUUUUGUCAUUUUGGUGAACUGACCCUUUAAAACCACAUCAUCUCAGGGAUAUGUACAUUAUGUAACAAAAGUCUGCGUGAUGAGAUGUAUCGUUAAAAGAAGAAAAAACCCUAAAAUCCUUUACCACUGCUGAGAAACGGCUACAAUUGAGUUUCAUAGUAGAUUUUGCUUAAUAAAAAAUAGAUCUAAAUAAUUAUCAGGUGUCAGAAUGUAAAGAGGAAGGGCUUUUUUCUAGAGCUGGCAUUUUGCACUGAUGUUAAACAAACCCUCCUCUCUGUACAGAAACAGUCUGGGAAUAGUUUGUAUUGUAGCAGAAGUAGAAGAGAGAGGUUCAGGGUGGUCAACAGCAAAGUCACUUCAUCUCAGAGUAACUCCAGGAAUGCACUGAACAUCACAGAGUGCCGAGAUCUGACAGUGGAAGAGGAUCUGAAGGGGGGUUUUUCUCUUUUAAUGUAGCAGCAAAUAAUAUCAAUACCGGCCUCUGCUCAUCAACAUGAAAUAAAAAAACUCACCACGGCUACCUUACUGCCACCACUCUGACUUCCUACCUGUCAUAUUUUGAUACACAUGUGCUGAAGAAAGUGUUCUUUUUAUUUUCUGUAUUUGUAUUUUUUUUUUUUUUUUUGCAGACAAGGGAUAUGUCAUUUUGCAAUUUUUCUGUACCGAAACUACCUCUUUAUUUGUCAUCAUGUUGCUUUCUUUCAAAUAGGUGAUUUUUUUUUGUCUUAUUUAUUGGUUUCAUUGGCACCAAUGUUCUGUAAUUUUGUGUCUCUUAUUUCACUCAGUGACCUCUCCGAUUUAUAACACGCUCUGAUACCUGUUUUCUUCUUUUUUAAAAAUGCGUAAACAUGUUGCCUCAUAAUCCUCUCUACCUCAAGACUGUCAGAAGCUUUUUUAUUUCCUCUGACCUCCCGCUGCAAAGUAUGUUACACUGAACACUCUUAACUCUUAACUUUUUUUUUUUUGUUGUUGUUGUUGCUUCAUUUCAUGUUAAAUUAGCGUCAUCUUUUUAUUCCACUUCUGCCCUGUUAUCAUGAAUCCAAUACCAAAUGACGAAAGAAUGACAAUGUCAGCGUACUGAUUAAGCGUUCACACGAUGCAUUCUUGCUGCAGUUAACCAGUGCUUUAUUUUCCUGUGUUGACCUUUUCAGAAUACAUGUUAUCUUGUGAAUGCCUGUUUGCUGUGUACACUAUAUUCACCACAUCUUGAUAUGACAGUGUUUUUUUUCUCCAUCGUGCUCCAUGAUUGUUGUUCAUUGGUAAGACGGCUGAAGGUAACAUGGAAGUGGUAACAGUGGGACUAUUAUCAUAUCGGACUCGGUCAAUGCAGCUCGGCGAUCUGUUGUCAAUCAGACAAUGUAAAUUGUGGUCAAACUGACAUCUCGUUGUGUUUACAUGCUUUUAGCUCACUCGUGUGACCCUGUGGCACGCGACAACAGACUGACUUACUGAAGUGUUAUCACUGGGGGUUGGACUCAUAUGGCUUUUGAAUAGUUAAGCUGCCAGCCUGACUUACUGAUAUGGAACGUCAUGAUACCCAACAAUAGAGGAAAUCUUAGAAACAGUUCUGCCUUUUAAACAACCUGGCUCUUAUUUGCAUACUUGCUAAAAUAAGAUCAAGGUUGUACAAAAGCAGAAUUUUAAAGGUAAAGCCAGCACAGUGUUUUUCCCCCUGUGGUCAGGAAGGAACCAUCAUCAAUCUCUCCUAUAACUGGCCGGUACAGGCAAACCAACAUAUGUGUCCAACCCUAGCACUGUAACACUGUUAUAGAACCCUGGCAAGAUGAGCUCUGGAGCACACGGUUAUAGAAAGAGCUUGUAAUGGGACUUUUAUAGGGGACGUAAAUAAGGUGCAGCAUUUGUCGCUGCACAUUAUUAAAGCUCUUAUUGUAAUCGUGUGGUCCAGAUCCUACCACAGUUGACCUGUCAGUCGAGGCACCAGUUUGAGCUUUAAGUUUGCAGACGCACAGAGACCCAUUCACCGCUGUAGUGCAGGAGCACAAGAUGAGAAGAGUUUUGGGGGAGGUAAAAGAGUAGAAAUAUCUUGACAUAUCUCAGGGAAGACAUAGUUACACACUGUUACCACCCAUGAACACACUUUGAAAACAUUGAAAUGUUUUUUUCUCUUCAGAAAUCUCUUGUCUGCUCUUGUUACUUUAACUACCUGUGAAGAAUGUGAUCCAUUACGUGUUAAAAGCAUGUUUAGAAUGUGUUAGGACUUGAAACCAAAUAAAUGUGAACGUUAUGCAAGUGUA